AUGGUGCCCGGGGCGCCCGGCGCGGCCCUGACCCUCUGCCUCUGGCUGGCGGCCUCCGGGGGCUGCCUGGCUGGCGGCCCCGGCGCCGCGGCUGCUCGGCGGCUGGACGAGUCCCUGUCGGCCGUGAGCGUCCAGCGCGCCCGCUGCUCCUCCAGGUGCCUCAGCUUGCAGAUCACGCGCAUCUCCGCCUUCUUCCAGCAUUUCCAGAACAAUGGUUCCCUGAUUUGGUGCCAGAAUCACAAGCAAUGUUCUAAGUGUCUGGAGCCCUGCAAAGAGUCCUGGGACCCGAGGAAGCAGCAGUGCCAGACCUUCUGUGAGCCUCUGUUCCCCAAGAAGAACUAUGAAUGCUUGACUAGCUGUGAGUUCCUCAAGUACAUCCUGUCGGUGAAGCAGGGGGACUGCCCGGCUCCUGAGAAAGCCAGCGGAUUUGCCGCCGCCUGUGUAGAAAGUUGUGAAGCUGACAGUGAGUGCUCUGGGGUGAAGAAAUGUUGUUCGAACGGAUGUGGACACACCUGCCAGGUGCCCAAGACACUGUACAAAGGGGUCCCCCUGAAGCCCAGAAAAGAGUUACGAUUUACAGAACUGCAGUCUGGACAGCUGGAGAUUAAGUGGUCCUCGAAAUUCAAUAUUUCCAUCGAGCCCGUGAUCUACGUGGUACAAAGAAGAUGGAAUUAUGGAAUCCAUCCUAGCGAAGACGAUGCCACACAGUGGCAGACGGUAGCCCAGACCACAGAUGAGCGGGUCCGGCUGACUGACGUACGACCCAGCAGGUGGUACCAGUUCCGAGUGGCGGCUGUCAACGUGCAUGGGACCCGAGGCUUCACGGCCCCCAGCAAACACUUCCGCUCCUCCAAAGAUCCAUCUGCACCGCCCGCACCGGCCAACCUCCGGCUUGCAAAUUCUACUGUAAACAGUGACAACACCGUGACCGUGGCUGUGGUUUGGGAUCUCCCCGAGGAACCAGACAUCCCUGUGCACCACUACAAGGUGUUCUGGAGUUGGACGGUCAGCAGCAAAUCCCUUGUCCCCACAAAAAAGAAGCGGAGAAAGACCACGGAUGGGUCCCAGAAUUCUGUGCUUCUGGACAGACUCCAGCCGGACUAUGGCUACACCGUGGAGCUGCAGGCCAUCGCAUACUGGGGGCAGACGCGCCUGAAGGGGGCCAAGGCCUCCCUGCACUUCAUGCCCAUGCACGCCACCAGCCGCAAAGAGCAACCUGGGAAAACCAGAAAGAGCAUGAUGCACAUGCAGCCCCCUUUCCAACAACGACGGCCCGCGCGCCUCCUGGAAAUCGGAGCCCCCUUCUAUCAAGACAACCAACUGCAGGUGAAGGUCUACUGGAAAAAGACUGAAGAUCCCAGCGUCAGCCGAUACCACGUGCGGUGGCUCCCGGAGGUCUGUGCCCACAACAGAAGCAGCGGCGCUGAGACCUCGUCCAGCAUCACCCAGGACAAUUAUAUAAUUCUUCAAGAUCUAUCGUUUUCCUGCAAAUACAAGGUGACCGUCCAGCCGGCCCGGCCCGCGGGCCGCCUGAAGGCAGAGACCGUUUUCUUUACGACGCCUCCGUGCUCGGCCCUGAAGGGGAAAAGCUACAAGCACGUUAGCUGCCCGGGCGAGGCAGGUCACAUGCCGGUCAAAGUGCUCGCCAAGCCCGAGAACCUCUCUGCCUCGUUCGUCGUCCAAGAUGUGAACAUCACGGCCCACUUCUCCUGGAAGAUGGCCAAGGCCAACCUCUACCAGCCCAUGACGGGCUUUCAAGUGACCUGGGCUGAGGUCACCACCGAGAGCAGACAGAACAGUUUACCCAACAGCAUCAUCUCUCGCUCCCAGAUUCUGCCUUCGGACCAUUACGUCCUCACGGUGCCCAACCUGAGGCCGUCCACGCUGUACCGACUGGAAGUGCAGGUGCUGACCGCGGGAGGCGAAGGGCCGGCCACCAUCAAAACCUUCUGGACGCCCGACCUCAUGCUGCCCUCAGCGGACAGACCCCAUCUUAAACCUCGGCAUCCUCAUCAUUACAAGCCUUCUCCAGAAAGAUACUGA